UCUUCAUCUCUCCCACUCCUUCUCGAACCUUCUUCUCCUCUUCUGUUACCGGUGAGACCACCCACCGCAGUCCGCCGCCACUCAUUUUUUCCCCUCUAACCCUUUUGCUGUUAACCUGAACCAUCACAGCACCAACGCGCCGCUGAUACCCACAAACCACUACCACCGUAAAACCCUAAACACAACCAUCAGUCUCACUCCAUAUCUCUCACCACAAUCCCUAACAAAACCAAAUUUCAACUCCCACCGUUUGGCCAUCCACGACCCUACUUGCUGAAAAUCUCAUCUAUCCCGCCUUCCUGUGCGAACCCUCCCUCUCCCUCUUUCUCGCCGGAGAACACCAGAUGCUUUCUCUCAGGUUUGAGUCUCACUUGAGAAUCGCAUUGGAUUACAACAAAGUUUUUGGGCAUCAUCAAGUACAAUUUCAUCCUUCUAAUUCCAACGUUUGGGAAUUCAGGAUGGAUAAUCAGAAUUCUUUGACGAUGAUAGCUGGAGGCAUGGUGUACAACAGUGUGAUAUGUCUUUUAUGGUUUCCAGGAGGACUUGCAAACAUUGGGAAGACAGCUGGCGAUUGGGUGUUCCUCCAUGCAGACUUGGUAGCUCUGUUUAUCUCCAUGGCUGUAUUGGUUGCUGGAAUGACUGUGGGACCCACAUUCUGGAAAAAGAUGGAGAAGCUUGCAAGGAAAUUAAGCCAUGGGUAUUGCAAUUGUUGCUAUGGCUAUAGCUGCUCACCACGUUAUUCUUAUGGUGGUAGGAAACGACUACUGGUUGAGGCUUUUUGUUAACGGGUCGGGCAUUCUGUUCAUGGUUCUCACUUGUGUAUCCAUCUUCAUUCUAAACUCUUAAGUAUGGGAUUAGGGGGAGGUAGAAGUAGAACUUAAUUUAAAUGGGUGGGCAUCAAAAGUCAAGUAUUGAUAUUCUUCUAACAUUCAAGCUUUGUGAAUAACAAGUAACAAUCUACUUUUAUCCUAUUCAUGUUUUAGGAAUUUUUAUGGAAUUGAUAUUUAUGGUCAACUUCUGA